AGAUGAUUUUGGAGGGAGGAGAUGGUUUUCCCUAAGGUAGCCCAGUGGAUUUUGGCCAAUAGAUUAUUCUGUGGUCUUCAGGGGCAGUAAAAUAUCAGCACCUGCAAACAUCUCAGAGUAUCUGUUUCCAAGUUCCCGUGGUGCAAUAUUUUUGGUGUGCACCAUUUGCAGACACUGGCAGGAAACUACUGGGGCUGUUUCCUCACAUGGAGAAACGGGCAUGUAUGAGUUGUUCAUGUCAGAUAAACUAUAUACAGAUUGCAUGCUGUUAUAUGAAGUGAUUUAUAGGCAUGGCAUUUUGAUUUGCAUGAAGCAUACAUAAGAUGUUUCCAGCUGUUUCUGUAGUUUGUCUAUAUUACCUGAUGAUAUUGGAGAAGAGUAUUUUGUUACAUCAGUUUCCUUCAGUACAUGAAUGGAUGUUUCCAUGGAUGGAUGGUAACACAACAGAUGCACAAUGAGCUAAAAAAGACAGUGAAGGAAGAAGUGGAUCUGAAACUAGUGCUAGAGACCUGUAAUUUAUAUUAUGAAAAAUACACAGUAUGCUUUCACUGAAGAGCUGUCUCAAGGACAUAAGAGUUUUGUAUGAUGGGUGCUUGUACAAUGAUAAUCAACGUGCUUAUUUAGUAAUGUACUCAUUCAAGUGGAGUUGCAAUGACAUUUUGCAAUACAUCCUCAGGUCCUAACAGGAAUGCUUCUAUCUCCCCCCCCCCAUACUUACGAAACCAUUCCCUAUCUUGCCGUACAAUGCUUGAAGGCUAUGAUUAAGGGUUGACCACCAGUCCCAGACUAUAAGAUCAGAUAUAUUUUCAGAUAUCCAAGUAGGACAACCUGAAUCUCUCCAUAUAGUACGAAGAGAGAAGUUUGACUUCACAGAUCACAUUCUAAUGGAUUAAACUCUUUCCCUGAAUGAUAACAUGUUCCCUAAACACUUGUCAUUUCUGUUUUAAAACACUCCAAAUGGAAAUCCUACACAACUUGCAAAUUAUUAUUAUUGUAACUCAGAAGUUCUUGUCAGACCACUAUUGCAAGAGAUUGAAAAAUAAAAUGGCCUGCGCAGGAAGAAGGGAUUUAUUUCUUCAUAAGCAAGUGACUCCACAAAUGCAGAAGGACAUGUUUCGAUGUUUGACUGGAAUAAGCAAGCUGAUGAAACCUCUCCUGCUUCAGCACAAGGUAUAGAAAUAAAAGGUAUUGAAGAAUCUGUACAGCAGGAAAGUAGUACCAGUUUGAGCAUACAAGGACCAGAGCUGUCUGGGCUUCCGGUUAUGCAGAGCAGGCAAGGCUAUUGCAGUUGCUGCCAUGUGCACUACAAUAAUCUUGAACAGCAUGUCUACAGUUCCCAGCACAGACAUUUUGCCACUUACUGCAGGAACCGUAUGGGUACAACUAGUCUUAUGGAACGCUUCUUGCAAGAUGUUUUGCAGCAUCAUCCCUACAGAUACCAAGACAACAGACCAACUUAUGAUGACAUGCCAUUUGCCAGCUUUCGGCUUCCAAGGGAUGAGGCAUUUCUUUCACUGGACCUGACAGAGAAAGAAAGAACUGUAAGCCGAGGGGAAGAGCCAAGCACCAACAGUGGAUUCACUGCUGAGUCAGGCUGCCUCAUUUCCCAGCGAUCACAUGAGGAACUGAAAAACACUUUUGUGCCAGUGACACCUACCCAGAGACUAGAAAGUGGGAAAGAACCCAUUCUAGGAACUUCCAAAAAAUAUAUAAAUAUCUCUUGCAGUACAAAAAAUCCUGUUCCAGUGGAAAGUGCUGUUACUGAAACAAGGAGUCAUAAAGCCCCAAAUGCAGCUGUGAACCUUUUACCCUGUCCAUUACCUGUUAGUCACUUACCAUUGACUCCUCAUAUAUUUACAAAAAAUACUAAGCAUUCAAUAAUACCAGAUUCUGUUUCUAGUAACCAGUGUGAGCAAAAUAAGCAUGGCAUAUGCAAUCAGGAUGGAUUGAUAAAUCCACAUUUGAGCCCUCUUUUGCAGUCAGACCACUCCAGAACUAUUCCACUUUCAUGCAAGGGUCCUGCCUGCAAUCAAGGCAACUCUGUAAUCUCAGGUCAGCUUUAUUGGAAAGAAGAUGGCUUACAACCUCAGGAUGAAACUCAGAUUUCUGACUUCUGUCUCAGGAAUACCAGCAACCCUGUGAGUACCAGCAGUUCCCUGGCUUUUCAGGCAUCUUCCCAGUUAACAGGCAAAAAAGAAAGUAAAAUGGGUAGAAGUGCUGCAACUUCUAUCGAUGAAAUAAUUGAAGAGGUCAUUCUGAAAUAUUGCUAUGAAACUCCCCCCAAAGACUUCCUUUGCAGAGAUGAUGAUACUAAUUCCUCUAUAAAUAUUUUGUCGCUUUUAGACCAUAGUAGUGUGCAUGGCUCAGACAUAAGUUUUGACUGUGAUGCAGCUGUUCAGUCAGGAGCAUUCCUAUCUAAGGCAACUAUUAAAAGUGUAGAACUUCUUAAAGAGGCUCAAGUGACUCUAAAAGAUGAGAACUAUGGCACCCAGCUCAGUUCCAUUCUUAGAAAUGAUGUAGUACAGCAGACACCAGAAACAGAAAAGGAUGUCUCAGCUCAUAAUGAGGAACCAGUUCUUCCAGCUCUGCCCCAUGUGCCUCCUUCCUUUGUAGGUAAAACAUGGUCCCAAAUCAUGCAUGAAGAUGAUAUGAAAAUUGAAGUGCUUGUGCGGGAUUUCAGAGAAGGGCGCUUCCGGUGUCACUUUGAUACUGAAUCCUUGGCUAACUGUGCAAGGAAAAGGCUAAGCAAGAAAAAAAUGAAAGAGGAAGAGAGGGUCAAUCCAGUUGCAAGUAACAAGAAAAAGGCUAUGUCAGCAAAAGGGCUUCCAGAAUUUACUGAAGGGUUAAGUAGUGACUUCAGCAUCUCUUCUGCAAUCUCAGAAACACAACACAUUCCAGAAACAUUGAGAAGACCUAAAAAAAGGAAUUGGCGCCUUGCAUCAAGAUGCCAAGUAGUCAAAGUUAGCCAUGGCACACAGACCAGUUUGGUGCACUACCCAGUAGUGAAACCAAAAAUCAUUAGAAAGAACACGGAGCCACCUGAUCAGAAAGCUAAUUUCGUCUGGCCAGACAGUGAGAAGACACCCGCCAUGAAAACUAGGCUGUGUGCCCUCAAGCUUCCUGAAUCCUAUACCAAAAUUAUGAGCCCUGUGCAGCCUCAAACAGUAGUCUAUGUUCUUUCUUGUCCAGAGAUAAAGCCGUUUAAGAGCAAAGCUGAAGACUUCCCUAAAGUCAGAAGAAGCUGCCAUUCCGCAGAUAGUAAAGAUUCUAUAAGGUACAAAUACAAACAAAGUUGUAUUAAAUACUAUGACCCAUUGACUAAUCGAAUCUUAAAAACACCUCCGAAAAGUUUGGUUGGAGAAAAGGCCAGGAAGCCUCCACACGUUCGCCAACUAUUCAGGAGUCUCAGCCUUGAUGCAAACAGCAAGAAACAAGCUAGUGCAGAGUAUGAAUUCAUGACACCAAAGCCUUUCAGUUUGACAGACCAACACAGUUCAUCUCCAUCUUCCAUGUUGCACCCAGUUAAAGAGAAUGAUAUGAAUUCAAGUCAUAAUACAGAAGGAUCCUCUGUUUCUCUAGGUAGGCCUGAAUGUCUAGUAUGUAGCACUUCAGAGAAAUCCUAUAAUCAUUUAGUCCUCUCAUCAUCAAAUCCUCAGGAGUUACAGCAGGAAGACAAUUUCCGAUUAACACCAUUUAAUAUUACGCAAGUCCCGUCUCCUUUGAAGUCACAUGUAGCUGAGUGUUUGGGAAGAGAUAAUCCAAAGAGAGGAUGGCAGAGAAAAAAAGGCAGUAAUCGAGAAUCAGGGUUUUCCAAAAAAGCAUCUGCACCCGCCUUUGUCAGGCAUAAUUGUAUUAGGAGAGGUAAUAAGGUACAGGUACAGCCAUGCAGGACUACAGCUCAUCAGAAGGAGGGGGGGAGGAGGACAAUUUCUACUUGUAGCCGAAAACCCUCUCGUUCAUCCAUUCCCAAGCACCAAGCAAUGAAAACUACUGUUGGAAAGCACCUUAAGAAAGAAAAAGCGGAUACUAAAAAACUGAAGGUGGCAAGGAAGCCCAAGAGGACAUUUUUGAACACUACAGGCAUCAUAGGCAUUUCCGAAAAGAGGCAGAAAACUACUGCAAGGGCUUCUUCCAAAGUAAAGAAAUGGGAAUUGACAGGAGAAAAGAGUCUCCUUCGCACCGUGAAGUGAUGAUUGCCCAAAGUAUGCAAAACUGGAUGCUAUGAGGUUUUAUCUCCCAGACAUCUUUUUGAUGCGCCAGAGGUCCACAGUGUACCAAUAAGCUAAGAUAACUACAGACUGUUUGGGUUUCUAUUCUGGGGGCAUGCUGCAUAUUGCACUGUUCUAUUAUAUAAAAAUUACAGAAGAUGUAUAUUUGGUUGUUGAAAGCACUAUAGACCUUGUUUGAUAGACUUCCAUACAUUUUUGUUAUAGCAGGGAAGUAUAGAACUUAAUUUGUUUCUUAUUUUACCUUAGUAGGUAUAAUGCACUGUCUUUCCGGACUGCAUCAGCCUUGUUAAUAGGAUGCAGUUUGCCUAGAUGGCUGACAAGGCCUCCAUUACAAGCCACUCAAAAAUGACCUGGGACAUGAAACCCUGAUGUAUGGAUGGGAGUCAUUGCUGCCUAUGGGGAGUGGGGAAAUCACCAAUCCUCUACCACUGGCAGCCCUCCAGUCUCCCUGGACAGUUGGGGUCAGUUUUUUAGGUGUUGGCAGGUGGAAUACACUCACUUCACACAGUUCAUACAGUAGAAUCUUUGGGUCUAAAUCAGCAACCAAACUGGUGGAAAUUAAAGGGAAAGUGUAUUUUAAGUAAUUGAUGACCACCAAAUAUAUUACAAUACCCUAGCAAUUUAAAGGAUGUAAUCCACUGUACACAUUCCUGGGCAUGCAUUCAGCAGAACAGGGUUAGUCUCAUUUCUCACCAAAUAUAUGCAGGGUGUACUGUAUGUUCUAGACAAAAGUGCAAAACUUGAAAAAAUAUUUCUUGGCCUCCCUCCUCACCCACUUCAGGUCUCUUCUGAUGUCAAUAAGAGCAUCAGCCAAAGACCAUUUUUCCAGAGUUAGAUCAGUGCUGAAAAGAGAAAUGUCUUUUCUAUAAUCUUUUCUUUUCUUUUUUUCCUUUUUUGGGAGGUGGGAGUUGAUUAACUGUUUUCUAGGCCAUGAAGAACCAUUAAUUUAAAAUGCCACACAUAAGCAAUAUUUCUAACCUUAGACUGUCACUGAAAUCAAGCAGUGAAAUUGAGCAGUUUUUCACAUAAAAAUACAACCUGUGUCAGUUUCUCUUUUAAAAAAGCUAGUUAUGUCAUCUCGCAAUAGAGUUCUGAAAGUAUUUUUAAACCAAACUUUUGGGAAUAUGCUACUUCACAAAAUCACUGAUACACGUAUUUGUUUGCAUUGGUUUAUUUAAAAUAAGUGAGUUUAUUUAAAAUAUAUUUAAUGCAGAAUUGUUUUUUUAUAGCUAUACACAAGAACAUAUAUUGCUAUGUAUAUAACUUAAUACGAUACAUGUUCCAUUAACAUCUACUUUUAGGAACCAAUCGGAUUGUUGACUUUGGAAAACAGUCUCUGGGAACAGAUCUUUCUAUCAGGCGUUUGCAAUGUUGAAUGUGUAUACUGUAUUCUUCAUCACUGACUGUUGGAACAUUGUUUUCCUCUAAAUUAAUAAUAAUUAGUGCCUGCUAUUUGAUAAUUCUGUGUAAGACAAGGUGAUUUUUACAACAAAAUUUCUUAAACUGGUAAGUUUUAUAACAAAGUUACUUUAUAAAUAAAGGUUGCAAUUGAAAGGUUUCUUUUUCAAAGGAAAGUUUAUGUUUUAAAGCAAAAAAUUUCAGUAAGGUAUAUUAUCAACAAAUUUCAAGUUAGCCUAUUUUUAUGGAGAAGAGAAUACUUUCUACCUAAUGUGCCAGUUCAUUUUAAAAAAUGAUUUAUAAAUGAGGAAUACAUCGUUGUGAUGUGUUCAUAGCAUCAAAUGAACUUUCAUGUUUGAAUAUAUUGACAUGUUCAGGGCAAUCCCUGAAGAAUUCUGCAUAUUCGUGUGCUGUUCUGUUUUCUGACACCCUAAGAUUUCAGUUUCAAAGGCAGACACUAUUUUACUCAGAAGACUCAUUUGGAUAUUUGCAUGGGUCUUUUUGUUUUGUCUUGUUUUUGUAAACAGGAUACUGUACUAAGCCAGAGUAUUUUUUUUAAAAGAAAGAUAUAUUUAAGGAAGAAUUUCAGUAAUUAUAUAUAGUUUUCUUUAGUAACUGAAUAAAAUCUAACACCUUAUUUUUUGUAAAGUUAAAGGGCUUAGCAUUUUAAAUCUGGAGAAGGAUAUUCAAUGUGUGAAGUUGUCUGCAGUGAACACUUGUUAUAUGCCUCCCCUAUGACUGGUGAAAAAUCUCUGUAUAUGCUUCACAAACUUGAAAGUUGGGGAGACUGUGCAUUUUGCUUAUAGAGAUAUUUAGUCUGUUAAAUUGUUUUAUGUGUAUGUAUUUAAAUUGCAUUAUUAAAAGCUUGGUCCUGUGGAACAGGGCCUAUUUGAAAUGUAAAUAAAUUUGUGAGAACCCAAAGAAUGCCAUGUACACCCAAGCACUUUCACAUGUCACCAAAUUAUACAUAUUUCCUGUUUUACAAGUAAGCCCAUUUUUCUGUUUCCAUUUUAGCUAGGAUUCUCGGGUUUGGGGUCUUGAGAUAAUUUUUCUUAUUGCUAGUACUGUAUUUUGUUAGCCGAUGGACUUUCUGGAAACAAAAUUUCUAAGGUCGUCCAGUCUUCAAAAGCUAGCACUGGACCAGCUCCUACCUCUGCUGCUGAAACAGUACUGUUAGCUGAUCCACUCCAUUGGUUGUAUGUAGUCUUCUUUUUAUGACUAUGAGGAAAUGAGUAAAUUUUCAGGUUGAAGGCUCAGAAUCCUGUGGGCAGGCCAUUUCCUUCUAGGUUUGGCAGUUUUUACUCAUUGUCCCAGACACGUACACCACUUUCCUUCCCCUGAUUUGCCAGGCGUUAUUUUAUGGCCUAGACUUCAACUGCUGAGUCCUGUAAUCUGACCUUCCAAAUGUUUGAAAACCAAGGUUGGACAACAGCCCCUUGUGCUGCAGUAGAGGUAGUGCUGGGGAGGGGGGGUUUAAACAGUGGAGCAGUUUUCAGGGGACAUGGAGUAGUCUGGAAUAAAGGAGUGGCUCAGGUUUUAAGAGUACAUGUAGGACAUUCCCCUUUGUAUUCCAACUCUAAAUUUUACAUUAGUUUUCUUAAAAGGAGCUUAGGCUUUAAACUGAGUCAGUCCAUUAUUCAGUCUGGUCAGCUCUGACCUACAGUGGUUCUUACAGGGUCUCUGGCACAAUUCUUUCUUAGCCCUGGGUUGACAUUGAAAUGACCUGGUGGUCUCCCAUUGAAGUCCUAACCCUAACCCAACCCUAGUUAGCCUCUGACAUCAAGCAAGAGAAGUGCAUUCAGAAUGGUACAGCAGCCGAAGUAGCAUAUGUCUAACAAACAUUUUAUAAAACCAAAUGGGGCAUGAUGUAUGUCAGGAUUAAUUUUUCUUAAAAUAAAUCCCUCAGGUGCUAGGGUAAGCCAUUCUGUCUGGAAAAGUUUCAACUGAAACUUUGAUGCCACAGAGUGACUUCUAUGAAGUGUAAGAUUUCAUCUACAGUAUUUAUUCACAUUCACUGGAACAGCUUUCCUGGAUAUACUUUAUAACAAGAGCCCUUUACACAGUUACUGUAACUUAAGAUCCAUAUACAGUAGCUAACAUCAACAGUUGCAAUGUUUUCUAAAUUAAACACUUCAGACUUAUUCUCUAAACUCCUGAGGAUAUAAUGGAAUCCCUUUGAUUUUCAGGAAGGAGGGGGAAGUUUUUAUUGCCAAAGAUUGCUGCUCUGUGAUGAAUUUUCCAGCAACAGUGAUUUUUGUUAAUUAAAGACUCCUCCCUCCUAUCCCACAGCAUUCAUGUCCUCCUGAGGAUGAAUGAGAUUCUAAGAUGCCAGGAGCAAAGGGAAAGAAAUUGGAAAAUCUUAAUUCCCCCCCCCCAAAAAAAUCACAGCUGAUUAUGACAUCAUCACCCUUUGGCAGUGGGGUAAAAUAUGGCAACAGGUUUCAUUCUAUGUGUCAUUAGAUUUGAGGGGAAAACUCAUAGUAGCAGGCUCUUGCUUAAUGGUGUUUCUGUAUUCAAGUCUGCAAAGGGCUUUGAACAUUUCAAUUUGCUUACCACUUCAAGGGAUGUGUGCUUGAGGUAAAGCAGCAGAAAUAAAAGCUGCAUUUCCAAAAUGAAUGCAAUAAAAAAUAGCCCCAGAGAGGUGAUAUUCAAUCUUCGUUGUAAGAAUAGGAAGUCUGCCUAAUUGCUCGCAAUGAAAGAGUUGUCUCAGAUUAUCCUAAUGAAUAUAAUAGGCGAUUACCAUAGAUUCCUGGAUAACCCCUUGAUUAAAAUCCAUAGUUUAGUAAAAUAAUGUUUUUAAAAUUAGGAAUCUGUUUUCUCCAUUAUUUAAAACUAUGGUUACCUCUUUUCCUUCCAUUACAUCUUACUACUUCCUUUCUAAUUUUCUCUAAUUUAAUUUUUCUUUUUUAUGUAUUUUGCCUAACUUUUAUUUGUAUAUCACAGUAUCAUGCUACAAAUAAUUUUCUUAAGGCCGUAUGUCUUUACAGCUACAAUCACAGUAUGCUCAGGACAGGUUUACCGUUUUAUUUUGUGAAUGUUUAUACACAAAGAAUGGUCACUGGUGGUACAGUGUAUUGUUCCUGGGAUACACAUAUUUUAAUGGCUUGAUUUUCCUUGUAUUAAACAUGGAAGUAAGAGGCAAAAUCAUUUCUUUGUUGCUUGUUAGGACCCCUGCCAUGUAAGUGUAAGCAUGAUAUUUAUACUGUCUGCUAGCACUAAUAUAUAUUAAGCAAUUUAAAUUCAGUUCCUUUUGAGCCACCGUUUAAAAUGUACUGAAUUCAGUUUACUUCCUUUGGAUUGUUUCUGCAUUGAAAUUAGCAAGAAUGAUAACUGCAUGUAUUUUCAGAUAAGUGUAUCAUAUCAGUGAAACCAGUCAUUUGAUUAUAUUACAUGUCCCUCAACUGAGAAGUAUGACAGUAUUUAUUAAUACAGUGUAAGUAUUAGUAAAGCAAUACAGAUAUUUAGUGUUUAUUAAUACUGUAGUAUUUAAUAACAUCCAUACAUGACAGAGGUGGCUAUUAAAAUGUUGCCUGCAAAAGGCACAAUGAACCUAACUGGGGAUCAAAAUUUUCUGAUCUGGCAACCAUUAUAUCCUAAGUAGUAUCUUUUGAGGCAGGACUUUUGAGCCAACAUCCACUAUCCUACUCAGGAGACUGAGCAAGAGAGCCCCAAAUACAGAUGGGAUGGUCUGUCACAUUUUAGAAUAUGCCAUAUCAUAAAGGGAGGUCUCUAAGUUCAAAUAUUUAACCACCCCACACUUUAUCUUUAAAUCUUUUCCAUCGGUGUUAACAAAAAAUAAUUUUAUGGUAUGCUUUUGGACCCUUCUCUUUUUUUCCUUUUUCAUUGUUAAUAAUAUUUGAAUAUUUUACUAUUUAAAUGGACCAUCACUUUAUGAAUACCCCUUUCUACUACUAUAAUGAAUGGUACCAUCUAAAUGAGUACAUUACUGCAAACUGUAAUGUAAGAUUGUGAAUGCCAAUUGAUUUCUGAAAAGGUUGAAUUCUUUUAAGAGGUACCUAAUUUGUUGCAGAAGCAAAAGUUUGCUUUCUGUAUGAAAAUUUGAUUUGUUGUAAGUCAUAAUGUCUGAAAUCAUAUUUACUUUUCAAGUCGGCAAGCAUAUGCAGAAUCAGAUAUUUUAUUUCUCCUGUGUCUGUACUGGUUUUUAUUCUUUUCAAAUCAUCUGGAAGAUAAAA